AUGAGUGAGUCGAAGCAGGAAAGCCUACAGUCUAUCGACUUGCCAGGGCAGGUGACAGCAGUCACCGAGCAACACUGGACGCAGUAUGAGGAGGCACGAGCUCGUCGGAAUGCCCUCACUGGCGGCUUUGCGAAAGAUAUCGGGGUAAAUCAGGACACCAUCAAUCUCGGAAAUCAGCUCAUGUUUCUUGGAAUUGUCAUCCUGGAAAUUCCCUCGAACAUGCUCUUGCAAAAGAUUGGACCGCGCAAAUACAUUUCCAGCCAGGUUAUUCUGUUCGGCUUCGUCGCGACUAUGCAAGUAUUUCUGGUCGAUCGCAAAGGUUUCUUGGCUUCCCGUAUGAUGCUUGGCCUUGCGGAGGCAGGCUACAUUCCAGGGGCUUGCUAUACUCUUUCUACCUGGUACAUGAAGAAGGAACUAGCCAAGCGCAUAGCAAUUUUCUUCUUCGGGAUGUUCAGUGGGAACGCCUUAAGUCCCAUAUUAGCAUCGGGUAUCCUGAAGCUGGAAGGCGAGCGUGGUCUCCGUGGAUGGCAGUGGCUUUUCCUGAUCGAGGGCAUAUUCACUAUCUUCGUGGGACUUUCGCUCCUGUUCCUCUUGCCCGGCCUCGUCCGAUUUAAAGGCUCAGAGAAGAGUAUCAUACAAAGGCGCCUAGAGAUAGAUGACAAAGAGAAGCGAGGAGGUGCGCAAGGAAUGAGAAUUCCUCCAAAGCUCGUAUUGAAGACUGUUCUGCACUGGAAGCGAUGGCCACAUUUUCUGAGCAGCUUUGCUGUCUUCUCUACCUGGAGCCCUCUGACCACUUACACACCUACCAUCAUUAUGAAUCUCGGCUUCAACCGCAUCCAAGCCAAUGCCCUUGCCGCGGUGGGUGCAUCACUCGCUCUAGUUGUCGUCUUCAUUUUCGCCUACAUCAGCGACAGGACCAACAAGCGUGGAUUCUCAGUGAUUGGGGCUCAGUUUUGUUAUCUAAUUGUCUUAAUCGUUGCGCGUACGGCACACCCUCAUGUCGGCAAGUGGUCCCGCUGCGGGCUCUGGACAGCUGUAAACAGCUUCGCGGUUGGCUAUCACCCUGUCAACAACUCAUGGGUGCAACUCAACUGUAAGGAGCCAGGUGAAAGAAGCAUCAGUAUCGCGAUGUGGGUGAUGCUCUCUAUCAGUGGAUUGAUGGUGGGUACGCAGUAUUAUCGUGGGAAUGAUGCCCCAUUUUACCAAACGGGACUGAGGACACAGACAAUCAUGGUAUCAGCGGGAAUAGCAUUUGCGAUUCUCCAGGUUGUAAUCUACACAGUUCACAACAAACGGGUGGCUCAAGGGAAGCACAAGCCCCGUGAUGGUGAAGCGCCGCGGAUCUAUGUGACGUAA